AUGUCCGUCACAGCAAGCCAGCAAUCCAUCCAGCUGCUCCAACUCGCCACCAUGGACCGCCACAUUACUCCGAAAAUCGAGAUCCCAGCAGGCUCCUUCAGCAUCUUCCUAGUCCUCACUCUACUAAUUUGGGUUCCCCUCUACGACCGAGCCAUCCUGCCCUUAGCCUCAACCCUCAGGGGAUGGCCCGUCUCGCUUCCCCUGAAGACGAGGCUGGGGCUCGCCAUCCUGCUCUCCUCUGCCUCCAUGGCCGCGCUGGGCCUCGUGGAGAGCAUUCGUCGAGCCAGGGCGCUCGACGAGGGGCUCUCCAACGAUCCCAAUGGGAUCGUGAACAUGUCCGCGAUGUGGUUUUUGUUGUACUACGUGCCAUUUGGGGUGGCGGAGGCGUUUAACUACAUUGGACAGAAUGAGUUCUACUACAGCGAGCUGCCGAGGAGCAUGGCUAGUAUCUCCACGACUCUGUAUCAGAUGGGGCUGUCGGUGUCGAAUCUGGUGGCGAGCUUGGUGCUGAGCGUCGUGGAUCGCGCGACGAGAGAUGGUGGUGGUGGAGGGAGCUGGGUGGGGAGCAACAUUAACAAGGGACAUUAUGAUUACUACUACUGGGUUUUGGCUGGUUUGAGUUUGGGGAAUUUUGUGUUUCUCAACAAGGCCUGCAUCAUUCAACACCCCGAACAAGACCUAACCCAGGAAGGCAAACCAGCUCAUCCAUGGCGCCUCUGCACAGUAGAACAAGUCGAGGAUCUCAAAUCCGUAAUCCGAAUCAUCCCAAUCUGGUCAGCAGGGAUGCUAAUGUCCGUCACAGCAAGCCAGCAAUCCAUCCAGCUGCUCCAACUCGCCACCAUGGACCGCCACAUUACUCCGAAAAUCGAGAUCCCAGCAGGCUCCUUCAGCAUCUUCCUAGUCCUCACUCUACUAAUUUGGGUUCCCCUCUACGACCGAGCCAUCCUGCCCUUAGCCUCAACCCUCAGGGGAUGGCCCGUCUCGCUUCCCCUGAAGACGAGGCUGGGGCUCGCCAUCCUGCUCUCCUCUGCCUCCAUGGCCGCGCUGGGCCUCGUGGAGAGCAUUCGUCGAGCCAGGGCGCUCGACGAGGGGCUCUCCAACGAUCCCAAUGGGAUCGUGAACAUGUCCGCGAUGUGGUUUUUGUUGUACUACGUGCCAUUUGGGGUGGCGGAGGCGUUUAACUACAUUGGACAGAAUGAGUUCUACUACAGCGAGCUGCCGAGGAGCAUGGCUAGUAUCUCCACGACUCUGUAUCAGAUGGGGCUGUCGGUGUCGAAUCUGGUGGCGAGCUUGGUGCUGAGCGUCGUGGAUCGCGCGACGAGAGAUGGUGGUGGUGGAGGGAGCUGGGUGGGGAGCAACAUUAACAAGGGACAUUAUGAUUACUACUACUGGGUUUUGGCUGGUUUGAGUUUGGGGAAUUUUGUGUUUCUCAACAAGGCCUGCAUCAUUCAACACCCCGAACAAGACCUAACCCAGGAAGGCAAACCAGCUCAUCCAUGGCGCCUCUGCACAGUAGAACAAGUCGAGGAUCUCAAAUCCGUAAUCCGAAUCAUCCCAAUCUGGUCAGCAGGGAUGCUAAUGUCCGUCACAGCAAGCCAGCAAUCCAUCCAGCUGCUCCAACUCGCCACCAUGGACCGCCACAUUACUCCGAAAAUCGAGAUCCCAGCAGGCUCCUUCAGCAUCUUCCUAGUCCUCACUCUACUAAUUUGGGUUCCCCUCUACGACCGAGCCAUCCUGCCCUUAGCCUCAACCCUCAGGGGAUGGCCCGUCUCGCUUCCCCUGAAGACGAGGCUGGGGCUCGCCAUCCUGCUCUCCUCUGCCUCCAUGGCCGCGCUGGGCCUCGUGGAGAGCAUUCGUCGAGCCAGGGCGCUCGACGAGGGGCUCUCCAACGAUCCCAAUGGGAUCGUGAACAUGUCCGCGAUGUGGUUUUUGUUGUACUACGUGCCAUUUGGGGUGGCGGAGGCGUUUAACUACAUUGGACAGAAUGAGUUCUACUACAGCGAGCUGCCGAGGAGCAUGGCUAGUAUCUCCACGACUCUGUAUCAGAUGGGGCUGUCGGUGUCGAAUCUGGUGGCGAGCUUGGUGCUGAGCGUCGUGGAUCGCGCGACGAGAGAUGGUGGUGGUGGAGGGAGCUGGGUGGGGAGCAACAUUAACAAGGGACAUUAUGAUUACUACUACUGGGUUUUGGCUGGAAUAAGGAUUUCUAAUCGACCAAAAAGUUGA